AUGGCCAGGGAACAUAAGAACUCUCUCGUGAAGACUCCAUUCACUGACGAUGUGUACCUUGUUAACAGACCUAAGAAAUUCACUAUGCCUGCUUUUACCCAGUUUGAUGGUACGGGAGAUCCGUCUCGGCACUUAGAUCAUUACGCGCAAAAGAUGGCUCUAGACGAUCACAAUGACCCAUGGAUGUGCAAAGUUUUCCCUACCAGUAUAACGGGGGCUGCACUGGAGUGGUUCAGGAAUAGGCCACAAAAAUCUAUUCCAGACUACGAAACUCUAUGCACCAUGUUCCUGGCGCAGUAUUGCGGUAAUAAGAAGCAAAAAAAGAAUAUUGCAAACCUUUUCACUAUAAGGCAAAAAAAGGGUGAAAUAUUACAAGACUUCUUGUCCAGAUUUAAUAUGGAAGCUUUGAAAAUAGCAGAUUGCCAUCCUGCUACCGCAAUAGAAACAUUCAAACUUGCAAUGAUCCAGGGAACCAAGUUUCAUACAUCCUUAGUUAAGUAUUCCCCUCCGGACAUGCAGACUCUCAAUACUAGAGCACGGAUCUACAUCCGACUUGAGGAGAAUGUGGCCCACCGAGCUCAACAUACCACUCUCGUCACAGUGGAGAACAAGCCUCAGGAAAGGGUUUCAAACUCAAAAAGCCGAAGAAACCAACACGCUUCGGCACCGACCAUUCAAGUACCUGAAAAAAGGCAAAGGACAGAGGAAAGGUUCAUGCCUCUUCGUACAACCUUGGCUCGGUUAUUCCAGGAGAAUAAAAUGAAGUUUGCAGCCCCUCAGCCAAUAAGGCAACCAUUGGAAUAG